AUCUAAACCAUCCCACGUCAUCGGCCUACAAACUCCAAUCGACCAAUCAACAAUACUCACCUCGAACCACAACCAACUCUCACCACCCUCAACAUGUCCUCUUCGACCGAUCUUUCAACGCUGCAGACCCCUCCGGCCUGCACGGCAGACUUCUGCCUCAUCCCGCUCGGCACCCCGACGGCUUCCGUAUCCAAAGAAGUCGCCGAAGUGCAGCGCCUCCUCAAAAAGUCCGGCCUGAACUACUCCAUGCAUUCCGCCGGAACUACAGUAGAGGGCCCGUGGGAUGACGUGAUGAAAGUCAUUGGACAAUGCCACGCGAUGCUUCAUCAGAACGGCGUGGUGAGGAUUCAGAGCGAUAUCAGGGUGGGUACGAGGACGGAUAAGAAGCAGGGGUUCAAGGAUAAGGUGGAGGCUGUGGAGAGGCUGUUGAAGGGGGAUGAAGCGUGAUGGGCUUUAUCGGGGUAUGCGGACGGCUCAUGGUGUUGGGAUUGGGUGGUGGAGGUCUUCAGGCUGCGUUUAGAGCAAUACGAAUUUGUGAAACAGGAUCCUGAAGUCCUGUGGCAUAGGGAAUGCUAUUACUGGCGCGACGGUUGGUCCUUGAACGCAACCACACACGUGCAUUCACCCUGAGGCGCGUGCUGCCACCACAAUAACGCAACACCAAACAACAUCACGUCGC